AUGGUGCUUCGAUGGGUUGUUAAUGCCGGCCUUUUGGCCAUCCCCAUCGGAGGCACUGUAGGUGCUCUGAUGGGAAUCGAUGCGCACCGACAUGCGACAGGACAAGCGCCUCUUUUCAGCGGCGGCGGCGGUUCAGGGUCAGGCUCGGGCUCGGGCUCGGGCUCUGCUCCUCCUGGUGGCAGUGGUAGCACUACUCAUAAUGGAGUGAGCAACACAAUGUACUGCCCCAAGGAACCAUACGGAAUCACACCUUCCACAAAAGGACAAAGCUUCACAUUAAAUCCCAAUCCAUGGGGUGUGAGCACUGAUACAGUCGGAGCAUUAUGCAUGAACGUCACAACCUUCGAGAACGGAACAUACGCGACCAAGAACACAGCACCCGAGUUCUCCGUUACAUGGCAAUUCGACCCCGGUCCGUCGACCCAACCGGUCCACGCCUUCUCGAACGUGAUGGUUGACGAGGGGUUGCCCAUCUCUCUGGAGAAGAUUCAGCAUAUGAAUGUCGAUUUCCACUGGACGUACGGAGUAGGCAACACACCCGCUGAGGCGACCAACGAGGCGGAACUGACUGCCGCAUCUGUCAAUACGAACGUCGCUAUCGAUAUGUUCAUGAGUAACGAAGAGAAGGUAAAGGAUAGUUCCAGUUAUACACACGAAGUGAUGGUUUGGUUUGGGAAGUUCGGGCCCGCCGCGUACGUCAUUGGACAAGAUGCUGGCGUAGUUGCGACCAAAGAGCUGAAUGGAACUAUUUUCAACCUAUAUUCAGGCACGAACGGCAAGAACCAGCGGGUUCUGACGUGGCUUACGAGCGACUCUCCGAACGAUCCUCAGGCGAAGGGGAAAACUACGGAAACGUUCACCGGUGAUCUCUUACCUCUGAUCACCGAUCUAUACUCCAUGACUGGGGACGCUUACCCGUCAAAAUCCGACUACAUGGGUAUCUUCCAGUUCGGUACCGAGGCCUUCUCAUCAAGUACGAAUGUCACAUUUUGGGCACCCAAAUUCUCGGUAGAUAUGCGAUGA